AUGGCGGUCGUCUUCGCCAUCGUAACGGAUGUGCAACGGGCGGCACUUACGGUCGCCAUUGUCAAUAGCACGUUGACCGUUGUCGCGGUAUCGCUUCGGUUGCUGGCCCAACUUAUUGCCCGGAAGAAGUGGAAUAUGAGCGACUACUUGCUGAUCAUGGCCGGCAUAUCUGCCGUCAGUCUCGAAUCCAUCUCCGUCAUCUUCGUUGUCCCGACCGGCGUGGGGUAUGACCAUGAAAAGGCGAUCAUCGCCAAGCAUGGCAGAGAACCGAUCAACAAAUUGUACAAACUGAUCGUCCCGAUGCAGAUCUUUUGGGUUUUUAGCCUCACUGGCACCAACUUCUCCAUUUUAUUGCUGUAUCUCCGUAUUUUCCCGGCCAAGGCAGUCGUGCGGAUUGUCUGGGGUACCAUCGCCCUCGUCGGCACCUGGGCUAUAGGAACCAUUCUGGCCACACUUCUGAUGACCUUGAUGGCAGUCCUAGGACUCGGAUUUGUGUCCAGCACGUGUAUCAUGAGCGUCCUCCGGAUCCAUAUCCUAUUCAGCUUGCGGUUCAACGACAUCACAUUCACCUUGCCGCAUGCCAAAAUGUUUACCGGACUCGAGCCUUGUCUCUCGUUCCAAGCUACGGUGGGCCAAGCUCCCAGAUGCCCCGUGCUGUCUAGAGGAGGCCCGACUGCUGCCACUAACAGGCUGGACUCGUUAACGGAUGACUCGCACCCACCAUGGUUGCGGCAGAUGGAGCACAAUGUGUAUGCAGGAGUGGCAUCGCCCCACCCGUAUGCGCGGAACGAUCUGAGUAUUAGAAGCGAAGAAUCCCUCGGUAAGAAGCACGCGCAGCAUAAAAGUCUCGGUCAGAACCCAGCUGGGGGGAUCAGUGUCACCCAAGACUUUGAGGUUAUCGAGGAAUAG